AUGAAUUCGAAAAAUAAGCUCACCUUACAUGUACAGGACGGUAGCAUUAAGGACCAUAUGUUUAAUGCGCACCGCACAAACCUCACGCGAGCCAUACUCGAUGCGAAUACCAAGAUACUCGGCACAGAAAUCCACCCGGGUAGGUUGAAAAUCUGUGAGGCCCUGCACAUCAACAAAUGUAAACCAUCCAUGAACAAACAAACCAAUAGAUUCGACCACACUCUCCAGCUAUUCUCCCAAUAUAGUGAUUUGACGCCGACGUUCCCCGUUAGAAAAGAUCCAAAGCAGCGCUCCUCAAUGAAUUUUGAAAACAGAUGGGUCUUGAGAUCCGCUCUGAACUUUGCAAGUGAUGGAGAAGUAGUCAGAGAAAUAGGUAGAGAGUUCCAGAGAAAAGGACCAGAAAAAGCAAAAGCAGAUUUGGCAAAAGAGUGUUUAACACGAGUUAAGAAAAAGCGAGAAGAAGACGAUCGUAAACCGGGGCGUUUAGGGAAACGACCAAAAGUACAAAUAGAUGACAACAUUGGAUUAGCAGCAUUUGACCCUGAUAUAUUCUCAAACACUUUUGAUUUAAACCUGUCAUUGUAUUAUAAAGUUGAUCAGCUUGAAGAUGUCAAUCCUGAUAUCAAUAUUCAUAAUGAUUUUUCUCUUGAUUGUUCCUUAAUGUUGCUCAUGAAUAUCGUCGCGUGUGUGUUGGCGAACGUGAUGGAAGAGGUUGAAUUGCCAGGAUCAAUCCUGUGUUGUUGUAUCGAAGAAAGAUUCGCGUUGAAGUGGGAACUCUCGUUGCUUGUUUUUUUGAUCACCUUGAUUGCCAUAGAAAACCAGCAUUGUUGUUGCAUGCCUUACAAGUUCCUAACACAACAGCCACAACUGUCUGUCAUGCGGCGUGGCCGCCUUCAAAUGAUAAUGUGCCUCGCCAGGGACAACAUUAUCAAGUCGAGUAGGAUCCGAACUGUGGGCAUUGAUAUCACAGGCUGCAACUUUAAUGGAACCCUUGCAACUGUUGUUGAUGUCAUCCUGUGA